GUUAGUCGUUUGUCGCUGACUUCUCCAAAACGGCCAACAUGGCAGGAGGAAAGAAGAAAUCCUCUACUGCACCGUCAAGAUUUCAAAAAACACUUUCCUCCAUAUGGCAGGACAAGCAUAUGGUGUUGUUCAAACCUGAGCACACGCUGUUGGUCAGCGCCGUCCUUUGGUUUCUGGAAAUUGCGAUCAACAUAUGGGUUAUCCAGAAAGUUUCAUAUACAGAAAUCGACUGGAAGGCGUACAUGGAUGAAGUGGAGGGAGUUAUUAAUGGCACAUAUGAUUACACACAACUGAAGGGCGACACAGGACCCCUGGUAUAUCCAGCUGGUUUUGUAUAUAUCUUCACAGGACUGUAUUAUCUCACUGAUCAUGGGCAUAACAUUCGUUUGGGUCAGUAUGUGUUUGCUGUGUUCUACCUCAUCAACCUCCUGCUCGUGAUGCGCAUUUAUCAUCGCAUCAAAAAGGUUCCUCCAUAUGUGUUUUUCUUUGUCUGCUGUGCUUCAUAUCGCAUUCACUCCAUCUUCAUCUUGCGCCUCUUCAAUGAUCCAGUGGCCAUGAUGCUGUUAUUUGGGGCCAUCAAUCUCUUUCUGGACGGCCGCUGGACUCUAGGAUGUGCUCUUUACAGUUUAGCUGUGUCUGUGAAGAUGAAUGUUCUGCUCUUCGCUCCUGGUCUCCUCUUCCUCCUGCUGUGUGAGUUCGGUCUGUGGAAAACUUUACCCAGACUUACUCUCUGUGCUGUUAUUCAGCUGGUUUUGGGACUGCCGUUCCUUUUAGUAAACCCUGUCGCGUAUGUCAGCCGGGCCUUUGACCUUGGCAGGCAGUUUCUGUUUAAGUGGACGGUGAACUGGCGCUUUCUUCCUGAGGACGUGUUCUUGAAUCGAUACUUCCACCUGGCUUUGCUGUUGGCUCACAUUACUACACUGCUUCUGUUCGCUCUGAAGAGAUGGAAGAGGUCUGGGAACAGCAUUUGGACUAUACUAAAAGAUCCAUCUGAGAGAAAGGAGACUGUACACAAACUUAAUGCCGAUCAGACGGUUCUCAUUCUUUUCACAUCUAACUUCAUUGGCAUGUGCUUCAGCAGAUCUCUGCAUUAUCAGUUUUAUGUUUGGUAUUUUCAUACGCUGCCUUAUCUGCUGUGGAGUGGAGGAGUGAAGAAACUGGCACACCUGCUCAGGGUGUUGAUUCUGGGCCUGAUAGAGCUGUCCUGGAACACGUAUCCGUCAACCAACUACAGCUCUCUGUCUCUGCACGUCUGCCACCUCAUCAUCCUCCUGUGUUUAUGGCUUAAUCCCACUCCAGCUUCUCCAUCUCAUAGGUCAGAAAACAAGGCUAAGAGCCAUUGAAACCCCCGGUCUGACUGGGACACUCACUGUGUGGGACGAUCCCUGAUCUACAACUCCUGUACCACAAUGAAAUUCAUAGGGGUCCAGGGACCCGUGCCAUAAGCUGGAAAGGGUUUGGUUAUGAAGGGAGUGUGAAUUAAUAUAUUGGGGUACAGAGAGUUUACAGUGCUUCUCAGGAUUAUUAAGGACUAAUGUGAUGUUUGGUCUGGGAUGUCAGAAAGCUGGUAGGUUAUUUGAGUGUUGUGUUGGUUUUGAUUUGAAGGUUAUUUUAACAAAAGAUUCAUUUUUGCGCAACAUACGCGGAGGACAUAAAGGAAAACGUGUCUUUUGUCUGCACAUGAGCACCCUGAGGAAAGUUUAUAUGUACAGCUAUGGAAACAGUCAAGAGUACUGUAAAAUUCUCAGUUUAUGGAGAUGUGCUAGAUUAGGUAUGAGUAAAAGUGUUUUUUUUUUUUUUUGUUGUUUGUUUGUUUUUGAAACAUGGAAGAAAGGUUAUCAGACAUUCAGAAAAUAAUCUGCUUUUCUAUAGAAGCAGAAAAUGACAACUGGUCAAAUAAAAAGUUAGAAAAUGUAAAAAAAAAAUCAUGAUUAUUCUCCCAAAUAUUGCUUUUUUAAAAAACCUCUUCUGAAGUUCAAACACUGGUAUUGUGUAAAAAUGAGCAUGAGCUCCUGUUAUUUUGAGCUGUUGUCAUUUGAUGCUCUAAAUGACAUUAAAUUUUGAAGAAAUUACAUCAUAGUUUGCAAGGGAAAAAAGUAUGGUUCACUCAAAUACAUAUAAUUCUAUAUCCAGAGAACCUGAGCAUUAAGUGUUCUCUUAUUAGUUUUCCCCCAUAUUUCAAUAACAUGUAUGUCUAUAACAAAACUGCCUGCAUUUUUCAACCGUGACAUUAAGCUCAUUCAUAAAUUUUUCUAUUCAUUUUUCAGGGAUUAAUUUCCAAUUAAAUGAAUAAUUCACUCAAAAAAUGUUGCCUUGUCAUGUUGUUCCAAAACUCAACACAGAACUUUGAAAUCCCAAAGGGCUUUUUUGGCCAAAAAAAAAAAACCUGCAAAGAAUUGGGUUAAAAACGAUUUCUAAGCGAUGAGGCAAUUUUAGAUUUUGGGUGGACUAUAUCUUUAAUUGUUAAAUUUCUUUACCGACCAUACACAGCUUUACAGGAUUAGAUGCACUGUUAAAAAACAUUCGUAAGUUUUCAUAUUUUGAGAUUAAUGUUUAGAUUUUUUUUUUAUUCCUCCACAUUUAGUUCUGCUUUUUGAAUUGCAUUAUGGGAUCUUCCAACAAAAUGUAACCUUAAAAAAUGUUUGAAAAGGUGACUUAUUAACAUUUUUAAUAGUAUAAAGUGAUAUAUUCUUUAAGUUGGUGUUGUAUAUUACACUACAAAGUCCUUGUAAUAAACUACCAGCACGUUUUCUGUUAUUUUACAGACAUUUUUCUCAAUAUUUUAUUUGUUAUACAAAAUAAUAUUUCAAACUACAAAAAUGUCAAUAAAAGUCACUUUGUUAAACUGUAAAGUUGAAUUUUCAACAUCAAAUGUGGAAAGAGCAGAGAUUAACAUCCCAUAAUGCAAUUCACAACCGCAAAUAAACCAAAAUAAAACAUGGAAACUGUUAAUCAACAGAUGUUUUUUUUUUUUUUACAGUGUAGUUACAUGUACGUAUGCUAGAUAGGGCACAAAGGAACGGCAUCAGUCAUGGAUCUGCUUUCCCCUUAAUUUUUAAUUCGAGGCAGCCAUGAACCUGCAGUAGUUUCUGUCGUGAGAUGGAUUACUGUUUUUUCUUAUUUUUUGUUCACUUAUUACUAGUGUUCUUGUGUUUUUCUGGAGUGAAGAGUGAGAUUACAGUAAAUGCUUUUUUCCUCUUCUUAUGGUUUUGCUUAAUCCAAAGAGUAAUCUGUAAUCAUAGUGCAACUGCCCUACAUGGUUUUUUUGACAGGCUUACAGGUACGAAUGAUUGAAGAAACCAGGUUGAAGGUACAAGGCAUGCUAAUGUUGUCAAUGAUAAAUCCUGAAGAAGAAUCAUUUGGAAUCAGACAGAGCAUUUUAUUGUAUAGAUUUGUAAAUGAUUGGAAAUAAAAAGUCAAUUUCAUUACA